GUCUACUCAAUGUCGUCUAUACUCGUCUAAAUCCUAUUCAGAGCUUGUCUCCCUAUUCCUCCUCCCUCUCUCUUUCUUUCUUUUUUCUUUUCUUUUCUUUUUUUUUUCUACUUGUUUUGGUGCUGCACGAUGUUACCAUACGUAGAUCUCCUUUUCGAAUAUCCUGCAAAUCUUACAGGGGCUUCCGUUGAUGAACUGAAGCUUAUUGCGUCAUUCCUACUCUCCUACCCUCUGGCCGCGCUAUUGAAAAGAAUCCCAGACGCCCAGCCCUGGAAGAAGAAUGCAUUCAUAAUUGCUGUUUCAUUAUUCUAUCUUGUAGGGCUAUUUGAUCUCUGGGACGGCCUCCGGACGCUAGGCUACAGUGCGGCCGGUAUCUACGCGAUUGCCUAUUAUAUUGAUGGGUCGUUGAUGCCAUGGAUUGGGUUCAUUUUUUUGAUGGGUCAUAUGUCCAUCAGUCACAUCUAUCGGCAAAUCACAGAUGACGCGCACGUAACUGAUAUCACCGGAGCCCAGAUGGUGCUUGUCAUGAAGCUUUCAUCAUUCUGCUGGAAUGUUCAUGACGGCCGUUUGUCCCAGGAACAGCUUUCAGACCCUCAAAAGUACGCCGCCAUCAAAGACUUCCCCAGCAUUCUGGACUAUCUAGGAUAUGUGCUGUUCUUUCCGUCACUUUUUGCUGGCCCGUCUUUUGAAUAUGUCGAUUAUCGCCGGUGGAUCGACACCACGCUCUUUGAUGUGCCCCCGGGGACGGACCCUUCGAAGGUCCCUCCGACUCGAAAGAAGCGUAAGAUCCCUCGUAGUGGAACGCCUGCCGCCAAAAAGGCGCUAGCUGGGCUAGGGUGGAUUCUUGCAUUCCUGCAGCUCGGGUCACUCUACAACCAAGAAUCAGUCCUCGACGAGGCAUUCAUGCAGUAUUCCCUUCUUCGACGGGUAUGGAUCCUACACAUGCUCGGCUUUACUGCCCGGCUGAAAUAUUAUGGAGUGUGGUACCUUACAGAAGGUGCCUGUAUUCUAUCUGGUAUGGGAUACAAUGGCUUCGAUCCCAAGUCGGGGAAAGUGUUUUGGAACCGGCUAGAGAAUGUCGACCCAUGGACCCUCGAAACUGCUCAAAAUUCCCACGGCUACUUGGGGAGCUGGAACAAAAACACCAAUCAUUGGCUACGAAACUAUGUUUAUUUACGCGUCACUCCUAAGGGGAAGAAGCCUGGGUUCCGGGCCAGUCUCGCUACGUUCGUCACCAGUGCAUUCUGGCACGGAUUCUACCCUGGAUAUUAUCUGACCUUUGUUUUGGGAUCAUUUAUCCAAACUGUAGCUAAAAAUUUCCGUCGCCACGUUCGUCCUUUCUUCCUCAGCCCUGAUGGCAGCCGGCCCACUGCUUACAAGAAAUACUAUGAUAUUGCCAGCUAUGUUGUGACCCAGCUCACUUUGUCAUUUGCCGUCAUGCCCUUCAUCUUCCUAUCUUUCGGUGAUUCGAUCAAGGUCUGGCGUAGCGUCUAUUUCUAUGGCAUUGUUGGUAAUAUCGUAUCCCUUGCUUUCUUCGUAAGUCCCGCCAAAGGGUUCCUUCUCAAAAAGCUGAAAACGCGCAAUAAACCCCACGUCCCCCGGGCUCUCAGCUCGGAGAACAUACGACAACCAACUUUGGGUCUACCAAACGAUGCAAUCCAGGAAUUCGAUGACGCAGUUCAGGAGAUCAGAGCCGAAAUUGAAUCCCGGCAGAGACGAGGCAGCUUAGCCAAUAUGCCUACAGGCGAUGAAUUGAAGGCUGCCGUCGAAGAUAAAAUAGGCCGAAGGCAUUAAUUAGCAAUGCGAUUCUCACGCUAGUUGCUUAUAGUUGAUUAUAACCAGCUGGCUAGAGUCCCCAUGUCACGUCGACCGAGCAGUUUAAUAUUCAGUCGCUAUUUGAAGGGUUUAUGAUUGUAUAGACUUGUUAUCGUUUGGGAGAAAUAGUUGGGCCUCGCGCUGUUCGCUUGCGAUGGGUGUCCGUUCUUGGAUGCUUCUUCCGGCCACCCUACCCCUCCAUGGCGUUUAUUAUACAAGAUCCUAUUCUUGUUAUUUUUUUUAAUAUUUUUUCUUCUUUUGCUUGUGGCGUUAUCAGUAAUUCUGACUCACUUUUGGAUCCAUCUUGAAU